UCGAGAUAUCUCUUCAGUUCUUGUUUGGCAUAACUUGAAACAAGUUCUUCCAAACUCUACUCUAAACUCCAAACUCUAAACUAACCUAACUCUAAACUAAACUCUAAACUCUCCAGUCUUGUAUUAAAAAAUGUGUAUCAAUAAUUUAUCGUCUAUUUAGUAGUGAUCUAGUGCUGUGAAAAACAUAUGUUUUGACGUCAUAUGUUUUGUGAGGACAUAUGUUGAAAUCGUGUUGUUAUUAAGAUAACUGGAAGAUCUGAGUCUCCAAGAAUCGACAAAUUUGGCAGGAGAUUUAUUUAUCAUAAAUUGAUUUAUCAUAAAUUAAUUAUGAUAAAUAAUCCACCAUGGAAUUGGAGCGUCGACGAGGCUGUAGAAAAAUACGAAAAUUUGAAAAAAUCCGACAUAGAAAGUUUAAAAAAUUGGAUGAAGGGGGAGACACAUCUUCCCAGUAUUCCAGAUGAACAGGUGGUUUUAUUUCAUCAUGCGUGUAAAUACGAGCUUGAUAGAACAAAGGAGACUAUUGAGAAAUGCUAUAUAAUGAGAACAAAUUACAAAGAACUGUUUUCAAAUAGAGAUCCAUCUCAUCCGUUCAUUCAGGAGAUAAUGAAAGUUGUGAUCUGCACACCGUUAAGAGGCUUCGACUCUAAUGGAAAUCAGGUGAUAUGGAUGCGACUUAACAAUUUAAAUCCCGACCAAUAUUAUUUCGGCACCAGUUUGAAAGCCAUAUUUAUGACCAUGGACGCCAUACAACUGGAGCAAGGACCUGUGCCGGGAUAUGUGAUUGUAUUAGAUGGCAAAGGAUAUACGUUGUCACAUAUGCUCAGGGCUACCAUAACUCUAUGCAAAAGGUUCAUCCAGUAUUCACAGGAAGGUUCGACGUUCUUCCCAAAAGCGAUACAUGUUCUAAAUUUGUCAUCAGUUUUGGAAAAAGUUGUCACAAUUUUGAAACCCUUCAUGAAAAGUGACCUCUUCUCUGUGAUAAAAUUCUACAAGCCAGGUAAACAUGGUGAAUUAUUCGAUCAUCUACCGGCCUCCAUAAUCCCAGACGAAUACGGUGGUACCGGGGGUGUACUAACUGAGAUACAGGAGGAACACGUUCAACACCUGAUGAAAUACAAAGACUGGUUUGCAGCCGAGGAACAGUUGAGAAUAGACGAGACAAAGAGAGGAGAUCUGCGAAGCUGUGCUGAAAGCGUACUGUGCAACGAAGAGGAAGAUAUAGGGACAUCUUUGAAAAGAUUGGAAAUUGACUGAACAAACAUCUAGGGCCGUUUGCACAGUGUAAGUUUAAGCUAAAGCUUAAACCAAAUCAGGAUUUUUUUUGGUUUGAACUAAAAUUCCGUUUGCACAGUAUCGGUUUAAACUCUGUAUUGAGUUUAAACUCUGGCAAAGUUUCAACCUUCAAAGCAGGAGGUUUAAACCAAAUAAUUUGGAUUAACUUGACAUCUGUAAAGAUUUGUUGGAGAAACAGCUGAUAGUAAAUUAUUUUUCUACGGUUGUUUCUAAUGCUUCUGUAGACGAUAAUAAAUUAUAAAUUUAGGCUAUAGUACAUCAUUAUUUGAAUGUAAAAAUAAUUAAAAUGGAGGAAUUGAUAGAAGCUUUUAAUGCGAUUGAUAAAGAUGACUGCGAAGGAAUUUUAAAACUGAGAAAAAUUUGGCAAAAACGAAUGAUUUAAAUUUCUGGGAUGAUAUAGAAUUUUCUUAACGGUUUGGCUUGAGUAAAGCAACUUCCAAUCCAGUAUUUGAUUAACUAAACUAAACCACUUGAUAAAUAAGACUAUUUUUAACAGUGGUCUUUGAUUAGAAACCUAUUUUUAAUAACACAUAACUGAGAUAUUUUGCUUUCGAGAGAUUUCUAAUAAACGAGGAAGACCGUAGUAGAUUAAUCGCUUUUUUAAAAACAUUCUAAAAUAUAUUUUUUGGUGCCUGCUAAAUAUAAGUUUGUAUCUAAUAGUAAUAUAACAUUUCAUCACUUUUUGAAGAAUUUCUUGAUCCUUUUUUAACUUUUAUUACCAUACAUCUUACAGCUCUGUAGAUUUUGAACAAGGAAAUAGUAGCUACAUAACCUCAAUUUACUGAUUGUUUAUAAACAAAUAACAAAUUUCCAGAAAAAACCAGCCUUCUUGAUAUUAUAAACGAUGAUAUUCUAUUACCAACUUAACUCUAAACUAGUUUAACUUAAACUGGAUUAGUAAAUGCACUGAGAAAACUGAUUCAAGUUUAAAAUUUCAGAUUAACUUAAACUCAAUUAACUUAAUCGAGUUUAGCAAUCUAUACUGUGCAAACGGCCCUUACUGUGCAAUAUAAUGGAGAAGAAAAGAUAGCAUAAGAAAAUAGAUGCCAUGGUAUGUAGAAUUCGUUCAAAGUUUGGAAGUUUUCUAUCAAAUUAUGGUGUUGUGUAUCAAGUUGAGAUGAUACUGUAUCAUAUUGUGUUGAUACUGUAUCAUUUACAGUGAUAUGCCAUGUGUAAAGGACCGUUAUGUUGCAAAUGUGAGUGUUAACUGAAGCCGAUAGUCCUAGUAGUUGUUUUUGGUGAAGCUAUGUGACGCUGGUAGUCUCUCAUACUGUGCCCUUCUUACACUCUUACACUCCCAACAACACACUAAUAAUAGACAGUGUAUAGGGUGUCUAUGUUGCAAAUGUGAGUGUUAACUGAAGCCGAUAGUCCUAGUAGUUGUUUUUGGUGAAGCUAUGUGACGCGGGUAGUCUCUCAUACUGUGCCCUUCUCACACUCUUACACUCCCAACAACACACUAAUAACAGACAGUAGUCAACAGUAAUCGCAGAAGAAAUUUGCAAUAUAAACGACCUGUAUUAUGGAAUAUCUUCUUAUGCUAUCUUUUCUCUAUGGCAAUAUAUAAUAUUAGUAUAAUAUAUAAUAAAAUAAAACAGGGUGAUUUCUUAGCCCUGUAAAUAUGAAUUUUGUAGCCAUAUUUAAAUAGUAGACUUUUGAAUAUAUAUAAUGUUGCUCAUUAAAAAGUUGAUUCCUGUAUUAUAUUAUUAUUAUUGCUUGGGAGAUUAUAGUUAAAUUUAUAUUGUUUCAGCUUCAUGACACUUUUAUACUAUAUAUAAACCCAAAUAUUUGUAUUGUAUUAUCUAUAGUAUUUAGAUUAUAUAGGUUUUAUUAGUAUUAUCCAUGAUAUAAUAAAGGAAAGAACUGGUUAAUACACGUAGGGUAUGGGAAAUUCACGAAUGACGCAUCAUCACGUCUCAACUACUCAACUGAUUUACUUGAAAUUUUGCAGAUAGAUUCUUAAUUAACCGAGGAUGGUUAUUGGCUAAUUUUCAAUUCUUCAGGAUAUCAGUAGGUCAAGUUUUCAUUUUGUCAAGUUUUGAAAUAGACCCUCAAGGAGCACGGAUUAUCUGAUAGUGAAACGGGUUACUUGUACAAUGAAGAAAAAUGUCACAAUAAAUUGAAGGGCACAGAGGAAAAACGAUCAGUCA